UGAGCAUGCCGGAGACUGCGGAUCUGAAAUCUCGUUGACGCGUCUGCAGCUACUGCAGCGAUCCUCUAGGUAGGCCGUGCUGGGGCAAUCGGCCCUCGGUCUCGGCUGUUGCACCUCCCCAGCCCGGGGCUCCUCCCAGCAUCCAGUCCACGCCCCUCUGAGCCCUUCGCCCUGACUGCUCGGCCCUGACUGCUCGGCCCUGUCUGCUCCUGCACCCCCCCGCUGGUGCGGUCUAGGAGGAGGGGCCAGGCAGCCGCCCUUCUGCAGGUGGAGCCGGGAGGAGGCUCUUCCGGAACCCAGCCGCAGAUCGCUGAGGACCAGUGAGGUAGAGUCUCAGGUUCGGGGAAGGAGGAGCUGGUACCUGCAAACCCGCGAUUCAUAAAACCAAUUAUGGGGGUGAGAGGUUUGCAAGGUUUUGUGGGAAGUACCUGCCCACAUAUAUGCACAGUAGUAAAUAUCCAAGAGCUGGCAGAGCGCCACCGAACCGAGUACCCGGGGUGUACCCCUACCAUCGUGGUGGAUGCCAUGUGCUGCCUCCGAUACUGGUACACGCCGGAGUCUUGGAUCUGUGGUGGCCAGUGGCGAGAAUACUUUUCUGCUUUGAGAGAUUUUGUUGCAGCCUUCACAUCGGCUGGCAUCAAGUUGAUAUUCUUCUUUGAUGGCAUGGUGGAGCCGGGCAAGAGAGAGGAGUGGGCAAAGCGAAGACUGAAGAACAACAGGGAGAUAGCCAAGAUUUUCCACUAUAUCAAGUCAAAACGAGAGCAGCCAGGCAGAAACAUGUUCUUCAUUCCCUCCGGGCUGGCCAUAUUUACACGGUUCGCUCUGAAGACACUGGGCCAGGAAACCUUCUGUUCGUUACAGGAGGCAGACUAUGAGGUGGCGUCGUACGGUCUGCAGCACAACUGUCUUGGGAUCCUGGGGGAAGACACCGAUUACUUAAUUUAUGACACUUGUCCCUACUUUUCAAUUGGCGAUCUCUGCCUGGAGACUCUGGAAACCAUCAUGCUCUGUCGUGAGAAACUCUGUGAGAGUCUAGGCCUCCAUGUGGCGGACCUCCCUCUGCUAGCCUGUCUGCUGGGCAACGACAUCACCCCGGAGGGCAUGUUUGAGAGCUUUCGGUACAAGUGCCUGUCCUCCUAUGCUUCUGUGAAGGAGAAUGCUGGCAAAAAGGGAAAUAUUAUCUUAGCUGUCUCAGACUAUAUCUCCAGAGUUCUUCACUUGUAUCAGGGUGAGAAAAAGAUAGAGGACAUGUUACCCUUGGGGCCAAACAAAGCUCUUUUUUAUAAAGGAGUAGCAGCAUAUCUCUUGCCAGGGCAAAAAUCUCCGUGGUUAGUUCAAAAACCCAAAGGCAUAGUAACAGACAAGCAAGUGGAGAACCCUGAAUCUAAGCAAGAAAUUCCUAUGUGUUUAGAUCCUGAAUCCAAGCAAGAAGUUCCCGUGCAUACUAAUCCUGAGUCCAUGCAAGAAGUUCCCAUGUGUACAGAUCCCGAAUCCAACCAAGAAGCUUCCAUGUGCACAGAUCCUGAAUCCAAACAAGAAGUUCCCAUGUGCACAGAUCCUGAAUCCAAGCAAGAAGUUUCCGUAUAUACAUAUCCAGAGGUCAAGCAAAAAUUACCUUCAGAAACAGGGGCUGAAUUUAAUUCAGAAGAACUCAUGUGUACACACCCUGAAGUUAAACAAGAAGAUGUCAUGGAUAUGGAGCCUGAAAUAAAACAAGUAACCAUGGUUUCUGACUCCGGAAUCUUAAAGGUUGCCAGGAUGCAGCAUGUCCAUUCAGAGAGCUACCUCGUGUACAACAUUAUGAGCACUGGGGAGAUAGAGUGCAGCAACACCCUGGAGGACGAGCUGGACCAAGCCCUGCCCAGCCAAGCCUUCAUCUACCGCCCCGUCCGGCAGCGAGUGUACUCGCUUCUGCUUAGGGACUGGAAAGAUGGAGCCAGCACUGAACCGGUGGUCAAGGAGUGGUUUGUGUACCCUGGGAACUCCCUAAAGCACCCAGACCUUGUUCGGCCUCUGCAGGUGACUGUUCAAGGGGGAACACCUAGUUUGGAAGUUCUGUGGCUGAGCCAAGAGCCAGCAGCGCAGGCCCGGCGCCUGGACACGUUGCUAGCCUGCUUCAACCUCUCCUCCUCGAGAGAAGACCUGCAGGCGGUCGAGAGCCCGUUGAGAGCUCUGUGCUGCCUCCUAAUCUACAUCUUCGUCCAGGUGGACACUCUUUCCCUGGAGGAUCUGCAUGCAUUUAUUGCUCAGGCCUUGUGCCUCCAAGGAAAAUCAACCUCACAGCUCAUGAACUUACAGCUGGAUUACAUUAACUCAAGAGCUGUGCAGCUGGGGUCCCUCCUCGUCCGUGGCCUCACCAUGUUGAUACUGGUCAACAGCGCAUGUGGUUUCCCCUGGACAACAAGCGAAUUCAUGCCCUGGAACGUCUUUGACGGCAAACUUUUCCAUCAGAAGUACUUGCAGUCUGAGAAGGGAUAUGCUGUGGAGGUUCUUCUGGAACAAAAUAGAUCGUGGCUCACCAAGUUCCACAACCUGAAGGCCGUGGUCUGCAAGGCCUGCUCCAAGGAGAACCGGCGCAUUGUAGGGAGAUCACACUGGAAUUCUCACUACACAGGGAGGCUGGGGAGACAGGGCUCCAGCUCCCACAGGACAGGCUCCACACAUGGCCAUCCUGGGCAAGGGCAGCCAUGGAGAGAUCAGGGUCCAGGUAACUGUCCAGGCUCCUUGGUCUCUGUCAGGCAGCUCCAUCAAUCAGCCUGUGUACCUAGGGCUCCACAGUGCUGUGAUUCUUUGCUGGUUGGUGGAUGAGUAUAAGUCCUGCAGGAGGCAGGCAGUAUGAGCAUGACCAGUGGAGAAGAUACUAGGCGUCCUCCAGGUAGAGUCCUCGCCAGCAUCUUAAAAUGAAUCAGUAGGUCACAUGCGGCAGCUUCCCGACUGGGGCCCACCAACUUAACUCCAGGAGUGUUUGCUUCUUCCAGGAAGUGUGGAAAGACAAUGAAGCACCCAGACUCUGCCCUCUUCAGAGACUCUUCAGAGUGAUGCCACCCAGCCGUACCAGCAAGGAGGUGGCAACUGGAACCGCACUUUAAAGGAAAGAACAAGUCCUUCUUUUAAGAGGUUUAUCCCACAUGCACUGUAAAAAAUGUCCAUUGGUUUGGUUUCAGAGGCUGCUCCUGACCCCAUGACCCAGAACACACAUCACUAGCAUCACGUAUGCUCCUCUGAUCUUAGCAGGACUCUGAUUCCCUCACACCUUUUCUUAUUAGGUUGUGAAAAUGUUUUCCUAAUCAUUGGUCCUUGAUAUCAUGGAGUCUUAGCUAUUUUUGAUACUGUGAAAAGACACCUUGAUCAAAGCAGCUUACAAAAAAAAAGCACUUAAUGUAAGGCCCGAGGUUCCAUCAUGUCAGGGAGCCAGGCAGCAGCAGGCUGAGGAAGACUCUCUAACUGGGAAUGGCUCCGCACCCAUUGACACACCUCCUCCAGCACGGCCACGCCCCAUUAGCCUAUGGGGGUCAUUUUCAUCAGAUCAUCACACAUGGUAUCUAAUAGCCAUAUACUCUGUCAGAAAUUAUUUUUUCAUUAGAAAUUCUAACAGAAGUCAAUUGUCCCACUAUUUCUUUUCCUGAUCCUCAGAAGUGUUUAGACUGAAAAACAAAAACCUAGAUUCUUGCUUGUUUGUGGGAAGGUUGGUUCUGUUUGGAGGUGAGAUGGCUCAUCAGUGAAGAACGUUGGCUGAUCUUCCAGAGAACCUGGGUGUGAUUCCCAGUACCCACACGAUAGCUCACACCUGUCUAAUUCCAGUUCCAGGGAUCUAACGCGUCUUCUGGCCUCUGUGGACUCCGGACACACAAAUGAUGCACAAACAUACCUGCAGGCAAAACACCCAUAAAGGUGAAAAAACAAGUAAAUUUUUCUUAAAGCAGCACAGUGGGUCAGACUGAGAAGUAAGGUCCUCCUUAAGCUUGGAGGUUACUCCCUGUCUCCACUGGGAACACGAGAGUAGCGGUGCCCAGGGCCCUGACAGCCAUGCUUGUCUCUAGGGACACUUGGUUCACGAGGGAGAUGCAAGCACUUCUGACCCCUGAAGAUGUACCCUGCCGUCUCUAAAUUUUUAGUAAGCCUCUAGAAAUGCUCGUUUUCGUCUCCACGCUGACAGUGUGCUGUGCAGGGCAUGCGUGUUCCACCUUGAUGUUCUUACAUUUACCAGAAAGGUCAAUAGCUCCCACGUGUGAACCGUUUGUAUUUGUCCAGCUUCUUCAGGACUUCUGCACACUAUGUCUGCAGGCCUUUGUAGCUGUGACCUUAAUGCCUCGAUGUGGAACUGACUUUUGUGAUCCUCCAGUGAGAAUUUCCCUUCAGUAUAUACUUCCUGUCCUCACUUUUGCUUCUUUGAAACAUUGCCGCCUUUAGAAGUUCUGUGUCUUUGCUGUUCACUUGUGUAACUUUGGAUCAAGUUCCUGAUCUCUCAGAUUAAAAGUAUAUUUCUGUGAAAGCUGAUUUCCUUCACAGAAUCUGUAUUCUGACUUGUCAAUAAAAUGUAGAUGCCAUUCACAAGCUCAAAUAAGCUGUUGUGUUGGUGGGAUGUUUAUGUCAUUUCAAAUCCCAGUGUGCAGAGCUUUGCCAAAGAGAAUAUUGCUUCUGUUGUUUUCCAGUCAAGUGGUAGAAUUUCCACAUUUCAGUUUAAAAUAAAAAUGCGAUUUUUUACUCAUA